AUGACAUCAGAUAAACCGUCGAAAUCGUUUUUUGGGAGAAAACUGCACAAAGAGCGUCCUACGGAUCUGCGCGCAGAGACACCGGAACCGUCUGGCACGGCAAGUAGUGGAUCGGGAUCGCGGUCGUCGAGAUAUUCGAAACGAGAGUCUGGCCUGUCCGUGGAUUUGUCUGGUGAUAUCGAAUAUCUCUCUGGUGUGAUAGGAUCAGUUCCAUAUGACAGUAUACCUGUGCGAAAGGAGCCAACGCCUUCCAAAAUGGGCAAACCAAAUGAUUAUCAUCAGUAUCCCCAGUCCCAGGGUUAUCAACCGGCAAACGGUGCAAUGCAUCUGUCAGGUCCAAGACCCCCGCCGGGACCCUCUGGGGCUACCGCCUCCUAUCAUUCUCAGGGUGAUAGGGGAAUAAAGUACCAAGCAUGGAACGGACAUAGCACAUACUCUUCCACGGAAUCAUCCAACCCUCGAAAUUCUAUGGACCAAAAUAGCAUCUAUUCUACGGUAUCCUCCGCCCCCCGAGGUUCAACCCAAACCAACAAUACGGAUAACGCCUACCGAUAUAACUACCCUACUCAUCCUCAAGACCCCCGCGCCCAACCCUCCAGCUCUUCAGGGAGCCGUCCCUCCACUUCGUCGAAGUCUGACUGGCUUCCGCCACAGCUACCUAUCGUAUUUGGUGCUACCUUACCAAUCUCCGCGGAUGGAGCAGUACAGAGACCUAAAGAUGACGCUGUCGUGGACCAGAUGUUCUACGAACUUAUGAUAAAACGAGGAUGGCAAAAUCUACCAGAACAAGCUAAGAGACAGAUGCUGGCUUACCCAACUUCAAAGAAAUGGACCUUAGUUCAUCAGGAUAGACUAACCCAAUGGCAAGGGGAACAGAAACGGCGCCAACAGAAUAGACAAACUUAUGGUUCUGCCGAUGGAAGUAGAGGUCUCCUUGGGCGAGCGGACGAAGAAGGGAGUCCUGAGUGGUACGUCAAGAAAGUCAUGGAUGACUCUAUAACAGGAAAGGAGUUGGCGAGUCUAAGUGUAAGCUUACGAACACAGCCUAUAAGUUGGGUCAAGUCAUUUGUCGAAGCUCAAGGUCAAAUCGCUUUGACGAGCGUUCUUCUCAAGUUAAACAGAAGGAAGGCUUCAGGACCAGUACCUGUGAACAAUUCCGGAGCAGAUCAAGACCGGGAAUACGACAUUGUAAAAUGUUUGAAGGCCUUGAUGAACAACAAAUAUGGUGCCGACGAUGCCCUUGCCCAUCAACAGAUCAUUGUCGCCCUAGCAAAUUCCCUGACAUCGCCCAAAUUAACAACGAGGAAAUUGGUCAGUGAAAUCCUAACCUUCCUGUGCGAUUGGGCACAUGGUCAAGGGCAUCAAAAAGUUCUACAGGCGAUGGACCACGUAAAAAAUAUGCAAGGAGAAACUGGCCGGUUCGAUGCUUGGAUGCGUCUGGUGGAAGUCAGCAUCGAUGGAAGAGGUAAAAUGGGCAGUCUCGUCGGCGCAAGUGAAGAAUUUCGAAGUGGUGGCAUAGGAAUGGAGAAUCUCCUUAUGGAAUACGCCCUGGCAACUAUGUUUUUGAUCAACAUGUUUAUCGACGCUGCGGAAGAUGACUUACAGCUACGAUGCCAUAUCAGAGCUCAGUUCACUGCUUGCGGAAUCAAACGACUCCUUGGUAAAAUGGAAGGCUUCCAGGAGAACUCAGGCGAAGAUAGCCACCGGAUGUUCCAGCUGGUGGAUGCGAUGCUCAGCUAUGUUGCCAUGGAUAGGAGGUUGCCGGAUAUGGACCUGAAGCAGAGCCUCAAUUUCACUGUCCAGAGUCUCCUCGACAAAUUGCAUACUGAUGCCGAAGCCAGAAGCGCAUUCGACGAGUCUCUAGAGGCUCGUCAAAUUGCAGAGGCGGCAAUUGCAGAGAGGGAUGAAAUGAAAGCUCAAAUCGAACUUGGCGCAGAUGGCCUGGUCAAGAAACUCCAAAAACAAAUUGAAGAGCAAGAAGGUGUAAUCAGCCUCCAAGCCCGUCAGAAUGAAUCUCUGAAAAGUGAAUUGGCUGAGAUCCAAAGAAUACGGGGACAGGAAUUGCAAAGAAACGAGCUCGAAACCCGGGAGUUGUACCUGAUGCUCCGAGAUGCGCAGGAUGUUGCUGCAUCUAAAUCCAAAAAGGCUGGUGGAGCUGAUGAUUUGGGCGGAAUGGACCCUGUGCAAAUGAAUGGUAUUCUUGACCGAGAGAAGCUUAUGAGCCGCCUUGAGCGCCAGCUAGAUCGAGCAAAGACCCAAUUUAAGCUGGAAGGGAAAGUUUGGCCUCAAAGUGGCCCGUCAGAUAGGCUCCGGGAGCUUCGAGAACAAAUGGAAGGUGACUUCUCUUAUGACCUUGAGAUUGACGAAGAAACCAAACACAACUUCACCCAUAGUACUUUUGGUACCGUUUCGAGGAAGCGUAGCCAGGCACUUAAGGCUACCGCAUCUAACGGCCAUGAUAGCAAUGAUGGAGACCUUGAUGAUCUUGAGGAAGAAGGUGAAGAGGCUGUCUUUGAGAGGGGACGAUUGGUCGAGAUUAGAAGGCCGAAGCUGGAUCCUGAGCGUGCCACAGCACUUCUAGGUGAAAUUGCUUCAAAGGCUGGAGAGAAGGAACGGAGAGAAAAGGAACAACAAGAAAAGGAGCAGCAAGAAAAGGAACGGCAAGAAAAGGAACAGAGUGAAGGGCCACCUCCACUGGAAACUGCCGAAGAUAAAGAAGAAAAGGAUACCAAAUCUGAAGAUGAUAAUCUAGCUGGCUUCAACGGACUUCCACCUCCUCCCCCGCCCCCUCUCCCAGGAUUCGGAGGGGGUGCACCACCACCCCCACCUCCCCCUAUGCCUGGCUUUGCUGGCGGACCUCCUCCACCUCCGCCUCCUCCUAUGCCCGGAUUCGGAAAUGGUGCACCACCUCCCCCUCCGCCUAUGCCUGGAUCCGGAAUACCUCCUCCGCCUCCACCACCCAUGCCCGGUGGCUGGAAGAAGACUUACCUUCCUGCUGGACAAGUUUCUCCAGUACCUACCGUCAGCUUACCAUUUAUACGCCCUAAGAAGAAACUCAAGGCACUUCAUUGGGACAAAGUUGAUACUCCUCAAGUAACCGUAUGGGCUGCCCACGCUCCAACACAUGAGGCCAAGGAGCAAAAGUACACUGAUCUUGCAAAGAAAGGAGUACUUGAUGAAGUCGAAAGGCUGUUUAUGGCAAAAGAAACGAAGGUGUUGGGCCGUUCAGCGAAGAAAGCAGACAAAAAGCAAAUCAUUAGCAGUGAAUUGGUGCGCGGAUUCGAGAUUGCAUUCGCCAAAUUUUCACAAGUGUCUGUAGACGAUCUUGUUCGCAAAAUCAUUCAUUGUGACGCCGAAAUAUUAAAUAAUACAGUUGUGAUGGAAUUUUUACAAAAAGAUGAGCUAUGCAACAUUCCAGAAAAUACUUCCAAGUUAAUGGCUCCUUACAGCAAGGAUUGGACUGGGCCAGGGGCCGCUACAACAGAGCGAGAGCAGGAUCCAGCAGAGCUCACUCGCCAAGAUCAAAUUUACCUCCAGACUGCUUUUGAGCUGAACCAUUAUUGGAAGUCAAGAAUGCGGGCACUCAACUUGACUCUUACUUUUGAGCAAGAAUAUGAUUAUUUGUCUUCAAGCCUCCGAGAGAUAGGGCAUGUUUGCGAGUCGUUACGCGAUUCUGUCUCCUUGAUGAAUGUACUCGGGCUUAUUCUUGACAUUGGUAACUUCAUGAAUGAUUCUAAUAAACAAGCGGCGGGUUUCAAGCUUAGCUCGCUGGCUCGUCUUGGGAUGGUCAAGGAUGACAAGAACGAAUCGACAUUUGCGGACCUUGUUGAACGUAUUGUUCGAAAUCAAUACCCAGAAUGGGAAGGAUUCACAGACGAUAUUGAUGGAGUUAUUCAAGUUCAGAAAGCAAACGUCGAUCAGCUCCAGCUGGAAGCAAAGAAGUAUAUUGAUAACAUUAAAAAUGUGCAAUCAAGUUUGGAUUCCGGUAAUUUGAGCGAUCCGAAGAAGUUCCAUCCUCAGGAUAGGGUAAACUUGAUUGUUCAGAGAUGCAUGAAAGACGCCAGGAGGAAAGCAGAACAGUUACAGCUCUACCUAGAUGAAACGAACCAGACAUAUGAUGAUAUUAUGGUAUUUUAUGGCGAAGACCAUACGGAUGAAAAUGCACGAAGGGACUUCUUCUCCAAACUUGCGACCUUCUUGCAAGAGUGGCGCAAAUCAAAAGAGAAGAACAUUACGUGGGAAGAAAAUAGGCGACGAACCGAAGCUUCCCUCGCUCGUAAGAGGGCCAAACCAGGUCUUACGAACGGUAUUGACUCUGGAACUUCAACUUCGCCAACGUCUAACGGCGCGAUGGAUUCUUUACUGGAAAAACUUCGUGCUGCUGCUCCUCAGGCUAGGGACCAACGCGAUAGAAGGCGCCGUGCAAGAUUGAAGGAGAGACACCAAGUGAGACUCGCGUCUGGACAACAUGUCCCAGGCAUCACAGUGGAUGAGAGCCAACAAAAUGAAAAUUCUGCAAUUGCUGAGCCAGCCACCGCCCCCAAGGAGGACGCUCCACAGAACUCCAAAUCCGAAAGUGAGGAUGUCGCGGAUCGCGCGGCCAGUAUGCUUCAAGGUCUCAGGAGUGAUAAAGACUCAGAGGGCAGCCGUUCCAGGCGGCGGGAUAGCGCCGAAGAAGCCCGAAGAAGCAGAAGAAUGCGAAGACGUGCGCCUGCAACAUCUAGCAAUAAAGAAUCGAGCGAUAACGCAAACCUGCUCCCUGUUCUUCCCGAGCCUGAUGGCGGAAACAAACGAGAAUCUUCGGGAAGCAAUACAUCUGCAACGUUGGCGGACACUCCCAACGAACCCGAAACAUCACCAAGGCCUUUGCCAGCCACUCCUACUGGCACAGAUUCUAACCCCAUCACGAUAUCCGAUUAA